AGCUUUCUGAAGAGUGAGCGAGUGGCUCGCAUGGUGCAGAGUGGGGGCUGCUCAGCCAGUGACUUUCGAGAGGUCUUCAAGAAGAAUAUUGAGCGUCGCGUUCGCAGCCUGCCUGAAAUUGAUGGCCUGAGUAAAGAGACUGUCCUGAGUUCCUGGAUCACCAAGUAUGACAUUAUCUUCAGGGGAGAGGAAGACCAGCGGCGACCUCAGGGCCGUGUGCCCUUCAGUGCUGUGUCAGAGCUCAUACUCAGUAAGGAACAGCUCUACGAGAUGUUCCAGCAGAUACUCAGCAUCAAAAAGUUUGAGCACCAGUUGCUCUACAAUGCCUGUCAGCUGGACAAUGUGGAUGAGCAGGCAGCACAGAUCCGCAGAGAACUGGAUGGGAGGCUGCAGCUCACAGAGCGAGUUGCCAGAGAGAGGAAGUACCCUAAGUUUGUGUCUAAGGACAUGGAGUUGAUGUAUGUAGAAGAACUGAGAUCAUCUAUCAAUCUGCUCAUGGCCAACCUGGAGAGCCUGCCAGUAGCCAAAGACCUGAAGCCUAAAACCAAGCCUAAACUAACACCGAUGAACAGCUUCUUGGACAUAGGAGAUGAGAACGACCUUCCCCUUUCCAAAUCGGACGUAGUGCUGUCCUUCACUUUGGAGAUUGUGAUCAUGGAAGUGCAGGGGCUGAAGUCAGUAGCUCCUAACAGAAUUGUGUAUUGUACGAUGGAAGUAGAAGGAGGAGAGAAACUUCAGACAGACCAGGCAGAGGCUUCCAGACCACAGUGGGGCACGCAAGGAGACUUCACCACCACCCAUCCCCUGCCUGUGGUUAAAGUGAAACUUUUUACUGAGAGCACUGGUGUUUUGGCCCUGGAGGACAAAGAGCUGGGAAGGGUGGUGCUGAACCCUACCACAAAUGGGCCAAAAGCUGCAGAGCUGCACAAGAUGGUGAUCCCCAAAAACAGCCAGGACACCGACCUGAAGAUCAAACUGGCUGUGCGUAUGGACAAGCCCCCCAACAUGAAGCACAGUGGGUACCUGUAUGCAUUAGGACAGAGAGUUUGGAAACGAUGGAAAAAGCGAUAUUUUGUCCUUGUUCAGGUCAGUCAGUACACAUUUGCCAUGUGCAGCUACAGAGAGAAGAAAUCAGAACCACAUGAGCUCAUGCAGUUGGACGGUUAUACUGUAGAUUAUUCCGAUCCGCAGCCAGGUCUUCAGGGAGGCCGAGCCUUCUUUAGCGCAGUUAAAGAAGGCGAUCUGGUGGUGUUUGCCACAAAUGAUGAACAGGACAGAAUGCUUUGGGUCCAGGCCAUGUACCGUGCCACAGGCCAGUCCUACAAGCCUGUACCACCUGCCCAGAAUCAACAGCACAGCCGCAGAGAAGGGACUCUCCAAAAAGACACCCCUACUUCCAUACUCAGCUUGGAGAGGGCAGGAGUGGAGGAGCUCAUCUCUGCAGUCCCCUGCAGCUUUGAUCAUGCCAGCCUGUUCCAAACACUGCAGAAGCUCACACUCAUCCACCGCAUGAACGACUCUUUCUCCUGCCUGGGAUGGUUCAGCCCAGGCCAGGUGUUUGUUUUGGAUGAAUACUGUGCUCGAUAUGGUGUGAGAGGCUGCCAUCGCCACCUCUGUUACCUGAAGGACCUGAUGGAAUUCUCAGAGAGCAAUGCCUUGGUAGACCCCACCCUUCUCCAUUACAGUUAUGCCUUCUGCGCUUCCCAUGUGCAUGGGAACAGGCCAGAUGGCGUGGGCACAGUUACAGAGGAGGAGAAGGAGGAGUUUGAAGAAAUAAGGAGCAGACUGCUCACUCUACUGGAGAACCAAAUCACGCAUUUCAGAUACUGUUUUCCCUUUGGCCGGCCAGAGGGAGCUCUAAAAGCCACACUCUCUCUUCUGGAAAGGGUUCUUAUGAAAGAUAUCACCACCCCAGUCCCAGCAGAGGACAUGAAAAAGAUUGUUCAGAAGUGCCUGGAAAAAGCUGCCCUCAUCAACUACUCCCAGCUGACCGAAUACGCCCAGUUUGAAGCUGACAGCAACAAAGCCCCUCCAGAAAAGAGGCUUCAAGAUAUACUGCAGCUGGGUGAACUAUGUAUGGAGGUGCUCCAGCAGAACGAGGAGCAUCACUCUGAGGAAAGAGAGGCCUUCUCAUGGUGGCCAGAGAUGAUGGCAGAACAUGCUGAAAUUUUCCUGUCCCUCUACACAGUAGACAUGGAUGCUGUUCUAGCUAUACAGCCACAAGAUUCGUGGGAUAGUUUCCCUCUCUUUCAGUUGAUCAACAAUUCCUUACGUACUGACUAUCAGCUGUGCAAUGGAGCAUUCCACCAGCACCUGCAGGAGCUCUACAAGCCUCUGGUUGUACGCUACAUUGAUCUGAUGGAGUCCUCCAUCGCUCAGUCUGUCCAUCGUGGAUUUGAACAGGAGACAUGGCAGCCAGUCAAGACUAUUACCAACAAUCUGCCAAGCAUGCCUUUGCCUAAAGUUCCCAACCUGCCCCUCAGUCUUCCUCAGAUGCCCAGCUUCUCCACCCCCUCCUGGAUGGGACCACUAUGUGACAACACUAAUGGCUCAGCAACAUCAGAUGACAUGUUCUGGAAACUGGAUGCCCUCCAGAUGUUUGUGAUGGACCUUCACUGGCCAGAGGACGAGUUUGCCAAACAUCUGGAACAGAGGCUCAAGCUCAUGGCGAGUGACAUGAUGGAAGCUUGUGUCAAAAGGACCAAAGCAGCUUUUGACUCUAAGAUGCAAAAAAGUAAGUCCACAGACUUCAGGGUACCCUUGUCCAUCUGUACCAUGUUCAACGUUCUCAUGGAUGCCAAGAAGCAAUGUUCCAAACUCUGCCUCCUUGAUCAAGACCAAGAGCAACAAUACCAUUCUAAAACCGAUGUUUUGAUCGAUGAGGCCUUUAAAGAAAUGAUCUCCUGCCUGGUUUCAAAGUUCGGCACUGUUUUGGAUGGUGUAUUGUCCAAGCUCUCCCGAUAUGAUGAAGGAACUUUCUUUUCUUCAAUUCUUUCUUUCACUGUAAAAGCAGCAGCCAAGUACGUGGAUGUCCCAAAGCCUGGAAUGGAUCUAGCAGAUACGUACAUUACAUUUGUGCGGCAAAACCAGGACAUUCUCAGAGACUGCGUGAAUGAUGAGAUGUACACAGAGAAAAUCUUUGAUCAAUGGUACAAUACUUCCAUGAAGGCAGUGUGUGUUUGGCUCACUGACAGACUGGACCUGCAGCUCCAUGUGUAUCAACUAAAAACCCUCAUCAAGAUAGUAAAGAAGUCCUAUCGAGACUUCAGGCUACAAGGUGUCCUAGACAGUACAUUAAACAACAAAAACUAUGAAACUAUUUACAACCGGCUCACCAUCGAGGAGGCCACAGCAGCUGUGUCAGCAGGAGAUGGACUUCAGGGUAUCAGCAUGAGAGACAGUGAUGAAGAGGAGGGUUAAUUUCAGUUUAUAAUCAGAAAGACAACAUCGGGUGCCCAUGGUCAAAUUUAUCUGGACUCUGGAUUGUAUUAACUGUUUAAAUAAAUUGCUUUAUCAGGACAAGAUAUAGACCUGAUUUGACUUAAAGCUCCAGCCCUCCUACAUAAAAUCUAGAUAUAGGUAUCACCACAGUAUGUUUGUACAGUAUAGUUCAAUGACCACCUGCAGGCAAUUCAGAUCACUGUAAUUUUGUUGUACUUCAUUUGUCCAGUGAUAUGGUGAAUUAACCUCCAACAAAACUGUUUUUAACUAUGAAUGUUUGAGAUGAUGAGGGCAUAAACCUUAAAAAGGACACCAACCAAAUGAAAAUAGACCAUAUGUAAAAAAAAUUCUUAUGCACCCUCUGGAAUGUGGCUGUAUUUUUGGCAGGCCUACAUGAAGGCUAAAAGUCUGAAACAAAGAUUAGAUGCUAGUUGUGCUAGUUUGUUUAAUAAUGUAAGUGGUGACAUUCCACUUGAUGGCUAUGGAUUUAAAUUCUAUCAUUGAAGUAAAAAUAAGUUAUGUGCAUUGUGUAUAUUAUUGUAUGUUGUUAUCUAGCUAUGUUCUACUACAAAUAAGUGACUGAAUUUUGAGAAUAUAUGUAGGUUAUAUUUUGUAUUGUCUUUGUGCACCUGAGUUUGCAGAGGUGUCUUUA